CAUAUAUACUUAUUAAUAAAAUGUCUCGUUCUUUAGGAUAUUCUCUUGAAGAAGACAGAUUAUUAUGUGAAGUUUAUAUGCAAAUUUAUCAAGAUCCAAUUCAAGGUGUUUAUCAAUCACCCGAUCGUUUUUGGGGUCGCGUGGUCGAAGCUUACAAUAAUGAGAAAAAUACAACGUGGAGUGAACGUUCCAAAAAAUCAAUUCAAUCUCGGGUUCAAACAAUUCAGAAGGCAACAAAAAAAUUGAAUGCAUGCAUAAAACAAUGUGACAACAGACAUCAAAGUGGUACUUCAAAUGAUGAUAUAUUUAAUCAAGCAAAAUUAAUGUUAAGUGAAGAUCCAAAUUUUAAAGAAGGUUGGAAAUUUGGACAUGUUUGGGAUAUUGUUAAGAACUUUGAAAAGUUUCAAGAUGGUGUUGCUCGUCGUAAUCGAUUAUCUAUCCCAUCUGGUUUUGACUAUACAUCGUUAGAAUCAGAUAAUCCUACCAUUGGUUCUUCGACACAAGCAUCUCCACAUUUAUCUUCUUCUUCACUAAAUUUGAAUGAUGAUGAUGAGAUUGUUGGUGGAUCUUCCUCUCCACGACUUCUUGGGGUAAAAAAAUCAAAAAUGAAAAGAAAAAUUGGUGAUCAAACAACAUCGAUUAUCAACACUUUAAAAGAAGGAAAUAAACAAUUUUUGGAGCAAUUAAAGAAGACAAGUGAACAAAGACAGCAACAUUUGGAGAUGCAAAGGCAAAAUUAUGCUUUGAAAGAGUUAAAGGAAGAAAACAAAAUUUUAUUUUGUGACUUGAAUUCCGUACAUCCAAAUGUUCGUGGAUAUCUUCAGGCUCAACAAGCGCAAAUUUUACAAAAGCGGAACGAUCAACAACAAAAUCAGCAAGCUCCUCCUCCAUCUAUGUCGUUUGGUUCGAUUGGACAAAUUUUUAGGAAUAUUGGUGAAUCCGGAAGUAAUUUACCAGAAUAUUAA